AUGUCCGUUUUGGCUUGGGCUCGGACCACCUAUCACUCUCCCUCCUCAACCAUCUCAGAUCGGUCGGUUUUCUUUGUCUCUGAUCGUUCAGAUCGUUCGGACUCCAACACUACAUUCUCUGAAACAUGUGUGUUCAAGGAACAUGAUGUGUUGCUUGAUGAAGGAGAGUGGAUUUUUGCAGACACAGCAUACCCACUCCAUUCCUGGUGUCAGGCGCCAUACAAAAAGUAA